GUCAGUAAAAGUAAAACUAGACAGCUCCAUUUUGUGUCGAGGGGAAAAUAAACCAUUUCAGGAGUAAAAACACAGUUGUUUUAUGACUUGAUACCGUGACUAUUUCCUGUAAGUGAACUCUGUGCUGAUACAGGGUUUGAUUUAACACACCGAUGUUGGAGUGAAGUAAACGUGUGUCCGGCUGUAAUCUGGAGAAGGAGACAAGACCUCCAACAUGAGUGUGUCUGGAAAACAGGACUUAAAGAAAGACGAGAGAAUGAUGGAGGGAAAGAGAUCAGACUCACCAGAACCCAGCUGUGUGUCCAUGAAGAGUGACUGGUCAAUGGGUAUUCCAAAUAACUUCAGAGACGGAGCCAGUUCUCCUGAUGUGAGACCACAAAAGAAGAAAUCAAACAUCAGCAGAAAUCAGCUGGACUCCAUAUUCAAGGAGCUGGAACAAAAAAUCAUCACUCUGAUAAAGAAUGAGCUGAAGAGGUUUAGGAAGCUCCUGAGACCAGAUUACCCAGCAUGCACUGAGAGGGAGGUGGAGGAUGAGGAGGAUCUGCACAGUGUCAGAGAGGGAGCGCUGAAGAUCACACUGCACUUCCUGAAGAACAUGAACCACACAGAUCUCGCUAACACACUGCACAACAAACUCGCCUCUGUGUAUCAGAGAGAGCUGAAAUCAAGGCUGAGAGAGAAGUUUAAAAGAAUUAAUGAAGGAAUCUCACAGCAUGGAAGCUCAGCACUUCUGAAUGAGAUCUAUACAGAUCUCUACAUCACAGAGGGUUGGAGUGGAGACGUCAAUAAUGAACAUGAGGUGAGACAGAUUGAGACAGCGUCCAGGAGACCAGCAACACAGGAGACACCCAUCAAAUGUAAUGAACUCUUUAAAGACAAGUCCAUCAGAAGAGUGCUGACUAAAGGAGUUGCUGGAAUUGGAAAAACAGUCUCUGUGCAGAAGUUCAUUCUGGACUGGGCUGAAGGAAAAGCAAAUCAGGACGUCACCUUCAUGUUUCCACUUCCCUUUCGAGAGCUGAAUCUUAUGAAGCAGGGAAAUCUCAGUCUGAUGGAGCUUCUUCAUCACUUUUUCCCAGAAAUGAGAAAACUAGAAUUACUAGACUCCUACACAGUGGUGUUGAUCUUUGAUGGUCUGGAUGAGUGUCGACUUCCUCUAAAUUUCCAGAAGAAUGAGAGAUUGUGUGAUGUGACAGAGUCAGCCUCGGUGGAUGUGCUGCUGACAAACCUCAUCAAGGGGAAUCUGCUUCCCUCUGCUCUCCUCUGGAUAACCUCUCGACCAGGAGCUGCCAAUCAGAUCCCUCCUGAGUGUGUAGACCAGGUGACAGAGGUACGAGGCUUCAGUGAUCCUCAGAAAGAGGAGUACUUCAGGAAGAGGAUCAGUGAACAGAGCCUGGCCAAUAAAAUCAUUACACGCAUGAAGUCUUCAAGAAGCCUCUACAUCAUGUGCCACAUCCCAGUCUUCUGCUGGAUCUCAGCCACUGUUCUAGAGAGAAUGUUGGGUGAAGCAGAGAGUGGAGAGGUCCCCAAGACUCUGACUCAAAUGUUCACACACUUCCUGAUCUUUCAGAUCAAACACAAGGACCAAAAGUAUCAUCAGAAAUGUGACCCAGAUCCUCAGCAGACCAGAGAGAGUAUCCUGGCACUGGGGAAACUGGCUUUCCAACAGCUGGAGAAAGGAAACCUGAUCUUCUAUGAGGAAGACCUGAGAGAUUGUGGCAUUGAUGUUGGAGAAGUGGCAGUGUACUCGGGAGUGUGUACCCAAAUCUUCAGAGAGGAGUUUGGGCUUUACCUGGGGAAGGUCUUCAGCUUUGUACAUCUGGGUGUUCAGGAGUUUCUGGCUGCUUUAUACACAUUUCUCUGCUUAAUUUUUAGAAAGACAAAUGUGUUAGUGGAGCAACGCACUGGACUUUUCCAUUUCUUCAGCAAGUCAACCAUGUCUGAUCUCCUCAGGAGUGCAGUGGACAAGGCCUUACAGAGUGUGAAUGGACACCUGGACCUGUUCCUCCGCUUCCUUCUGGGUCUCUCACUGGAGUCCAAUCAGGCUCUCUUACGAGGCUUAAUGCCCCAGACAGGAAGCAGCUCUCACAGCAAACAGGAAACAGUCGAGUACAUCAAGGAGAAGAUCAGGGAGAAUCCAUCUCCAGAGAAAUCCAUCAAUCUGUUCCACUGUCUGAAUGAACUGAAUGAUCAUUCUCUAGUGCAGGAAGUACAGACUUACCUGAACAGAAAAGAGAACUUUCGUCUCAGUAGAACCAGUCUCUCUCCUGCUCAGUGGUCAGCUCUGGUGUUUGUGUUACUGAACUCAGAUCAAGAGCUGGAUGAGUUUGAUUUGAGGAAAUAUGACCCAUCAGAGGAAUGUCUUCUGAAGCUGCUGCCAGUGGUCAAAGCCUCCAGAAAAGCUGAUCUCCGGGAGUGUAAUCUGACAGAGGAAAGCUGUAGAGGUCUGUCAUCAGUUCUCAGCUCAAACUCCUCCAGUCUGAGAGAACUGAACCUGAGUAACAACAGCCUGCAGGAUUCAGGAGUGAAGCUGCUCUCUGCUGGACUGGAGAAUCCACACUGUACACUGGAGACACUGAGGCUGUGUUGGUGUAAUCUGACAGAGCAAAGCUGUAGAGUUCUGUCCUCAGUUCUCAGCUCAAACUCCUCCAGACUGAGAGAACUGGACCUGAGUAACAAUAAAUUGCAGGAUUCAGGAGUGAAGCUGCUCUCUGCUGGACUGGAGAAUCCACACUGUACACUGGAGACACUGAGGCUGUGGGAUUGUAAUCUUACAGAGGAAAGCUGUAGAGUUCUGUCCUCAGUUCUCAGCUCAAACUCCUCCAGACUGAGAGAACUGAACCUGAGUUACAAUAACCUGCAGGAUUCAGGAGUGAAGCUGCUCUCUGCUGGACUGGAGAAUCCACACUGUACACUGGAGAUACUGUGGAUGCAGUGCUGCAGUAUUACAGAUGAAGGUUGUGCUGCUCUGGCUUCAGCUCUGAGCUCAAACUCCUCAUCACACCUGAGAGAACUGAAUCUGUACUGUAAUAAUCCAGGAGAAUCAGGAGUGAAGCUGCUCUCUGAUCUACUGAAGGAUCCACACUGUAAACUGGACUCAUUAUAUAUUAAGAAUAAUAAACUCACCAGGACAGGCAUAUGACAGGAGUCUCACCUCAAACCUCUUCUCCAGGAUAAAGCAGUUUUGGUGAAGAGUUAGAACCCGUCCCACAUUUCCAGCAGUUUGGGAGCUGAAUCAUUAAACUUAAAGGGACAGAGCAGAUACAAAGUCAAGAACACGCAGAAGGUCAUACACAGGAGAAAUGAACACACGUAAUGAAAUAUCUGCUGUACAAAGCAAUGGCAAGGAUCUGCCCCGGGGAUGGAGACUGACGAGGCUUAAGUACACGUCCGGAAAUGUACAGCCGACUGAUCCCAAAGCACGAGGCAGGAGCAGGCAUGUUAAUGGUAAAUGGUCUGCACUUAUAUAGCGCUUUUUUAACCUUGGUGGUUCCAACGCGCUUUACUUAGCUAGCUUUGCUUUUUUGUGCCAAAGAGUAGAUGUGAAAAUACACUGGAAAAUUUCCCUUGCAACCUGCCAACCUUUGCUGUGUCAUGAACACACUGCUUGUAUCUUUCUCAUUUGUAAGUCGUUUUGGUAAAUGCUAAGUGAAUAAAUGUAAAUGUAACACAGUGUCUUGGUCAACCCAGGAGAUGAUUCAGAAAAAGUGCCUAUGCAACAGUGUGUGUUCAGCAUGCAUGGAGGCACUGGUUCUGUACAUAGUAUUACAUGAAAUAAAACCAGAAAUAACACAAAUCAAUACCCUCGUGCACAUCUCUUUAAUGGCCUGAUGAGGUCCAUGUCAAUUCUUUCAGUUGGGACCUUGAAUAAAGGUAAUGGGCACAAUGGUGCUAUUGGGGUGGCCAGUGGAUUUGCAGCUGAAAUUAGUAGCCUGGUAACAAUUGCUUCCACAGCUCCUUUUUGAUGCACCAGUCGACUUAACACUACCCACAUGAG